UUGCGAUCUAUUGGAUUAAAAAAAAAAUGUCUAAAAAUUCGAAAGAAAAAAAUGAAGAAAAUAUUAACUUUACUCCUGAUGCAGUUGUUGAGGCAUUUGUUCCUGGCUUAUUCGUGUUAUUCAUUUGGAAAACGUUCGAGCUGCAGUUAAUAACAAAUAUAAUAAAGGGAAUUUUCAGGGUGCCCAAUUAACUAUGCAUAAAUAUACCAUUAUUUAAAAGGUCGGUGAAAUUGAUUUGAAUAAAUAUGUUACUGUACCUAACCUUCUACUAGUUCUCCUGAUGAUUCUUUAUCAAUGAUCUCACUAAGUGCGAUUGGAACAAGUAUUUUGCCGCAUAGAUUUAAAACUACUGGUUACAUUAAAUCUAAAUUUUCUGUCAUUAAAAAUGAUAACGAAGAGUGGAACAAAGCUUUUUUUUCCAUCACUGAUGAUGUAUUUAAAAUGGAAGUUACUAUUAAUUCUUAUAAAGAAAAUAAAUUCGAAAAGGGAGAACAUGUUGAAUUAAUUGGUUCUAUUUACAAAUUGAAAAACGACGAAAUAACUUUUAAAGUGGAAAAAAUGAGUGAUGUACGCAAAUUUGACGACGAUGUCAAACUAUUAAAUUGGCUUCUUGAAGGUCGUACGACAAUUUAUUCCUCAACCUACUCAAGUGGAUUAAACAAGAGACAAAAAACUGAAUAAUGUUAACUGCGACACAAUUUUACUCAUUACCUUUUCUCAUUAACUAAAUUUUCCCCUGGUUAAAUCAAAAAAUUAUAGCAAUACUCAAUUUUACUUUAAUUAAUUUAUUUGUUACG